AGCUGCCUGUAACAUCAAUCUCUAAAACCAAAAUAUCAUCCCUAAAAGAGUGCAGACGAGGCUGGCGCUCUGUAAGAGAUAUACGAGUGGUUGCAGUGCUGUCUCCAUGCUUCUUCCUUUUGGCAGAGCGCGGGGCAUUCCUUUUCUGGACACUGCUCCCUCACUGAAGACUUUGAAUGCAGAGAGAGCCACUCACAACCAGCAUGGACCCAGUCCAUCCUGGAGUGUCCCACAACCCUUAAGCUUUUGAUGUGCAGCUGAGCCUGUGAUCUGUGAAGCGUGUCCAGCCCCGGUUUCAGGCUGACCUCCUGUCAGCAGGUAGUUCCUCCUGUGCCGUGAUGAUGUCAGUAGAUGUGACCAAUCGUAACGGCCCGGCUGCCACACCCCCCACCUCACUCAGCCUCCGCUCCUCCCACAACCAGCUUCUCAGCAGCGACAUCAACAACCAGGGUCUCUCCACACCCCCGAAAUGUCGCAAAAAGUACGCACUCACCAGCAUCCAAGCCGCGAUGGGUCUCGGCGAAGCAGCAGCGGCUUCAUCAUCUUCGCCUCUUUCUUCACCUCCACAGUCAUUAACCCCUAAUAACCCUAAACUCACCAAGAAUGGGGUCAACCAACUUCGGAAAGCUGGCCAGGACCCCAAUAAAAACACAGAGCCACUAGAACUUGAGUGCGACUUUGAGACUGUCGAGCCUGAUAUUAAUGUCAACACUAAAGAGGAUGACGGCCACGCUCUCACCAAUAAUGAUAGGGAAGAAGAUGUCAUUACCCAUGCCGUGGAAGCUCCUCCAGUCAGUGCAGGUGAGCCAGAGCCAAAAACAGAAUCCGACAUAGACUACAAAUUUAACACAAGUGCUGAGCUCAAAGUGAACAGCAACACAGCAGAUUUGGGCUUUGAUUUAAACAUCGAAAGAGAGGAGAGUGAUGACAUCAGCAUUCUGUCAGAGAAGGAAAUAAUGUCAAAGAUUCGGAUUGAGGAAGACGGGGAUGAGCUGCUAGAGGAGGAGCCGCAGCAAGAGGAGGAGAUGGAGGAGAAAAAACCCUUACUGAUAACAGCAGAUUCGCCUGUAGAGAACAAUAAAGUGUCUUCAGAUCUGGAACUCAUGAGUAACCUUUGCUCUAACCUUAAGCUGCUCAAGUUGGGUAAAGACUCUGCGGUGCCUCCUCCCCCUUCGGCCCCUAAACAGGCCAGUCCAGAGGAAGCUCCUCUGCUCUCUGUCGCCUCAGGCUCCUCUUCGUCGUCCUCCUCCCCAGAGACCAAAAAAGACAGAAGAACUGGCGCAAAAACGGACUGUGCUCUGAACCGUAUCCAAAACCUCAACCCCAGCGAUGAAGAGUUGAGCUGGACCACACUUUCACAAGAAAGCAACUCCCCAGAAGAGACAGAUAUCUGGAGUGAUCAGUCAUUCCAGACCGACCCUGACCUGCCUCCAGGAUGGAAGAAAAUCAAAGACAUGGCUGGAAUCUACUACUGGCAUAUCCCUACAGGCACCACCCAGUGGGAGAGGCCUGCCACCCACCCUGCACCCCCCAGUCAGACGGACACCCUGAUCCAGGCCGACCACACAGAGUCCACACCGCGAAAACAGUCCCUGGGCUCGCUCAGCCCUUCACCUACUCCUGACCUGGAGUCGAGCCAGGCAGAGGUCUUCUACAGAGGGUCCACUCGCUCCAGCAGCACCACCUCCGACAGUUCAGUAGAGCCUCUCUCCAGUCACGAGUCCGUGCUGCCCACAUGUGGAUUUGUCAACAGCUGUUAUUUUCCUCGGUCCACGUCUCUGCAGGGAAUGUCUGAUCCAGAGAGUUGUUCUGAGCAAAAAGAUGAAGAGGACAAGAAACCACUGUGGAGUGAAUUUGGCGGAAAGAUUGAUAGUGAGGUGUGGAAGGACCUGCAAGCUGCGACAGUGAACCCUGACCCCAGUCUGAAGGAGUUUGAGGGUGCAACGCUUCGCUACGCUUCCCUGAAGCUAAGGAACCGUCCACCAGCAGAAGAGGAGCCCAGCACUGUGAAGAGAGACUCAGAAGUGAAAUGUUUCGCAGUGCGUUCUUUGGGCUGGGUGGAGAUGGCAGAGGAAGACUUGGCUCCCGGGAAGAGCAGUGUGGCUGUUAACAACUGCAUCAGACAGCUGUCCUACUGCAAAAAUGACAUCCGGGAUACUGUUGGCAUCUGGGGAGAGGGGAAGGACAUGUACCUGGUGCUGGAGAACAAUAUGUUGAACCUGGUUGACCCCAUGGACCGCAGUGUGCUUCACUCCCAGCCAAUCGCAAGCAUUCGUGUCUGGGGCGUAGGUCGGGACAAUGGAAGAGAUUUUGCAUAUGUGGCCCGGGAUAAAAACACCAGGAUCCUGAAAUGUCAUGUGUUCCGCUGUGAUACACCGGCCAAAGCCAUUGCCACCAGUCUGCACGAGAUCUGCUCCCGGAUAAUGGCAGAGAGAAAGACUGCCAAAGCGAUGGCAGGCGGCUCUCUCCAGGACAGAAUGCAGGCAGGACUAGAUCUGCCUUUACAGGAAUUUCCCACACCAAAGACAGAGCUGGUCCAGAAAUUUCAAGUGCUUUACUUGGGAAUGCUUCCUGUGGUCAGACCAAUAGGGAUGGAUAUUCUAAACGGUGCCAUAGAUAGUUUAAUUGGCUCUUCCAACAGAGAAGACUGGACUCCGGUAGCUCUUAAUGUUGCAGACGCUACUGUCACUAUCAGCAAGGAUAAGGAUGAAAAAGAGGUUCUUGUGGAGUGUCGUGUGCGCUUCCUGUCCUUCAUGGGAGUCGGGCGUGACAUACACACUUUUGCCUUCAUCAUGGAUGCCGGGAGUCAUCGCUUUGACUGUCAUGUCUUCUGGUGUGACCCUAAUGCUGGCAGUGUAUCAGAGGCGGUGCAGGCAGCAUGUAUGCUGCGGUACCAAAAGUGCUUGGUGGCACGCCCCCCGUCCCAGAAGGCCUGUGGCUCCUCCCCUCCUGGGGACUCCGUGUCCCGUCGGGUGUCGACCAGUGUAAAGAGAGGAGUCCUUUCUCUCAUUGACACACUCAAACAGAAGAGACCAGUCACGGAGCUGCCGCAGUAAAUUCUACUAACCACUAUCAACUAUCCACUGCUACAGUCCCCUGUCACCAUGGUAACUAGUCGUUGCGGACACCCCUCAUCAUCUGUUACCAUAGAAACAGAAAUGCCCAGGGGUCUGGAAAACUUUGUGCUGUUUGGAGCAGCAUGGAAAUUCUCCUUGAAGUUUUGCUCUGGAUUGUAAAUUUCCUCCAUCACCAUAAACUGAAAGUGUCUUUACCAUGUUCAAAAGGACCACCUGCCCCAGCACUCCUGGAGCUGUUAGUGUACAUAGUAACAUCCUUCACACAAACAGUGAAUCUACAGAAUGAAGACAUGGGACCUGUGAAGACUGGAGUCAUUUCUAUCUGUACUGCUGAUCUCAGUACUUUAGUUGUAUCUGUCUGUACAUGUGUUACUACAAGCAUGACCUUGUAAAACCUGGCCUCUCCAUUUGAUUGUUUGUCCUGUGAGUCUCUGCAAAAGUUUAACACAGAACUGAGAUAUGCUGAAGAAACUAGCAGCUUUCUCAGCCCGCAUUCUCUGUAACCUGCUCAAAUGCAUGACUUUUUCUAUUGUAAACAAGCAUUCAGUACUCCUGCAGUGAGGCAGGAAAGAGAGCAAAUCCAAGUCUUCUUAUUUUUGUAGCCUCAACGAGUGGUGAUCAUUCACCUGAAGCAUUUUUCAUCUAGUUAUUGGGACACCAACAGAUAAUCACCUGAAAGCAGGGCUGGAGGUCAGACUCAGCAUCAGCAUGCUGCUACUCUACACCACUGAUCAUUAUUUACCUUAAAUCACAUCUUUAUAUUUGAGUAUUUUGAGACUGAUUAUCCUCCAAACAUGGAAGCUGUAACCAUGAGAAGCUGUACAGAACUAAGACUGAAGGAUAGUUGUGUGGGCUGCUAGUGGUCUGUCUCCUUCACUUGAAUGGAUCUUUUGUGUUUUCAUUGAUAAUGUAAUAUACAUAAGUAUGUUUGUGUCCAACAGUGCCACCAAUCACACUCCAGUGACUUCUGCACACACAUUUCAGUUGAACAUAGCUUUGUACAUACUUUAUCCGAGCCUGUAACUAAAAACAAUGAUGUCCUAAUUAUUGAAAAUGGACAUAUUCAUUUUUUUCUAGAGGAUGUACAAAAUGGUGAGAUUAGCAAGAAACCAGGAGUGUGAUAGUGUAAAGGGUCAGCCACAUCACCUUAUUUUUGUCAAAUGGCUGAUGAAAUGUGAAUACAAUUAGUCUGUAUAUAAUAUCAUUUUAAGGUAACUUUUAGGCUUUCAUUUUUGUUAUAAGCUAUUUUUAUUUCUGAAUGUCUUUUUUCUAUUUUCAUGUAAUGAGAUGCCUUUUUUUGAGGAUUCACCAAAUGGCCAAAGUGUAAAAUAUUGACAUGUAGAUAAGUAAAUCCAAGAACAAAUAGUUGAAAGUUUUGGCGAUUGGAAAUGUUCCCAGUUGUCACUUAUGCUGAGUGUAACUAAGCAAAUAUCUAUGCAUUAUUUUGAAGUCAUAAAGAGCCUUGCAUGCCCAUGGACAGUUAAGCAAACUUUACUGAACAAAAAUCUUUUUUAUUUUUAUUUAUUAUAUUUUAUAAAGAGAUAUAGUAUACUGAUUAGUUGGGACAAGUAAUGUCUCGUGUAACAUUGUCUCAGUCUUUGGUUAACCCACAAACUUUCAACAGUCAAUCGAAAAAUGAAAUAACUCCAUUUGUACAGUGCACUUUGAACUAGGAGUCCACAGCUGCUCUGAAUGGCAUCACUGGCAAUAACAGCCGUGGAAAUCUGGUGUUUGCUGAACUUGACAUGCAUAAUUCACAUAAUAGAGAUAUACACCUGCUCACUGGUUUGUACACUUUAUCAAUGUAACCGACUGUGAGAAUAAACAACAUUA